CCAAAACUUACUGAGGAAAACCUGGGUGUAAAGGAAUUUCCCAGAAUGCUCCUGUAUUUCCCAUGCAUGACGUCACGAGUGGAACUGGUAUAUUGAUAUUUUGGAUGUCGUCUGACUCGGAGCGGUGCAGGAAGGUCGGCAGUUUUCGGCGCUGUUUGGAGCUAUAAACUGGCUUAUUCUAUCAAUUUGUAAACCUGGCGCCUUCGUAGCAAGUCUGGCCUCGUCCUCGGACUCCGACAACGGUGGACUGUCUCCGCCACCGAGGAAAAAGCUCUGUCUUGCGGCGGCUGCUGCCAUGCAGUCCAAUGGCUCCCCGACCCACAAUGGAGACGCUCAGACAAGCAGUUCCGCUCAAAAUGGUGCUGAGCCGGAGCCCUCGGCCUCCUCGAGUAACGGCGUGGAGGUGACACAGGUUGCCGAGGGCUUGGAGAAGGCCAAGGUAGUGCUCUCCAGGUCCGACGAGGACAUAGUGCGGCUGAUCGGACAGCAUCUGAACGGCCUCGGUCUCCACCGGACUGCCGAGCUGUUGAUGGCCGAGUCAGGAUGCCGUCUGGAGCAUCCAUCGGCGGCCAAGUUCCGCGAGCUGGUCAUGGCAGGGGAGUGGGAACAGGCCGAGGAGGUUCUUUCUGAGCUGAAGUCUUUGCUGGACAAGCCACAAGCUGCACUGAAGAUGAAGUUCCUGCUGCUGGAGCAGAAGUACCUGGAGUACCUGGAGGACGGACAGGUGAUCGAGGCGCUCUACUGUCUGAGGAACGAGCUCACACCGCUCAAGUUCAACACCGAGAGGGUCCACCAGCUCAGCGGGUACAUCAUGUGCAGUACUGCAGAAGAGUUGAGAGAGCGAGCAGAGUGGGAGGGGAAGGGACCCAAGUCCAGGGCCAAGCUCAUGGAGAAACUGCAAGCGUACAUGCCCCCGUCCGUGAUGCUGCCACCGCGCCGGCUACAGACCCUGCUAUCCCAGGCUAUCGAGUUACAGAAGGAACGCUGUCCCUACCACAACACCAAGAACGAAGACUCCUUACAAAACAUGUCCUUAUUACUAGACCAUGUAUGCAGUAGGAAACAGUUCCCUUGCCGGACAAGACAAAUUCUAAGUGAACACUGCGACGAAGUGUGGUUCUGCAAAUUUUCCAAUGACGGCACAAAGCUAGCUACAGGUUCCAAAGACUCCACACUCAACGUAUAUGAAGUAAAUCAGAUAACCCAAGAAGCCAAGCUGCUACGCACGUUUGAGGGGCACCAGUACGGGGUGUCCUACCUGUCGUGGAGCCCAGACGACGUAUACCUCAUAGCCUGCGGACCAGAGGAGUGCUCCGAGUUGUGGGUCUGGAACGUCCAGACGGGAGAGCUGAGAGUAAAAGUGAGCCAGUCCCCAGAAGACAGUCUGACGUCUGCGGCCUGGAACAUUGACUGUAAGAGGUUUGUCUGUGGGGGCACACGAGGACAAUUCUACCAGUGUGACCUCGACGGCAACGUGAUGGACUCCUGGGAAGGGGUCAGAGUUCAGUGCCUCCAGUACAAGAAGGACGGGAAGACGGUCUUAGCCUAAUAGUGGAGGACCACCCCAUCAUGUCCUUCAGUGUCGAUGACUCGGGGCGGUUAGCACUUCUGAACGUAGCUACUCAGGGCGUCCACCUGUGGGACCUACAAGACAAGGUUCUGGUGAGGAAGUACCAGGGCGUCACGCAGGGCUUCUACACCAUCCACUCCUGCUUCGGCGGGGUCAACCAGGACUUCGUGGCCAGCGGGAGCGAAGACAAUAAAGUGUACGUGUGGCACCUGAAGCGGGAGCUGCCCAUCGCGGUGCUGGCCGGACACACGCGGACCGUGAACUGCGUCACGUGGAACCCGCAGAUCCCCGGGCUGCUGGCCUCCGCGUCAGAUGACGGCACCGUCAGGCUAUGGGGACCCGCGGCCGCCGAUGACGAAUCAGACGAUCUGCCCUGCCUGUCUCCUCUGGAAGGCACAGUCAGAGUCUUGGAAAAAGACAAACCUUCGGCAGAAUCGGACGACUCGACAGACACGGACGACGAAGUCUAGCCGCUCCACCCUUGUUGCCUCAUUAUGUGUAGUUCCAUAGAAUAUUUUUCUUCAAUGUUCCACGCUUCUUAAUCACAUUAUUUAGAUAUUGUUUAUUAUCAGAUAUUCAUUUUGUAUUUGACAUAGUUUACUCGAUGAGCGAGGCUUCAGACUCCUAGUCCGAGUUUGGAGUUUUUUUUUAAUGGCGCUUUUCUGCAUGUCCAGAAGUUGGUACAAAUGGAGACAGAGAGAGUUGUGGUUGAUGGUUGUUGUAGGAUUGAUUGUGAAAAUGAGAGUAGGGUGAAUUUUUCCAAUGGACUUAAAUUACUAUAAUUCUAGCCUAGCACUAGAGAGCAAAGUUGGCAGCGCAUUCGACUUGUAUGUGUACAUUUAUAAUGUAUAAUUGAAUCGGUCCCCAGCAUCUGACAUGCCGACAGUGAUGCCACAUUGUUUUAUGCUGCUCAUGCUUACAGACAAUAGCACACACUAUCCAGCUGUGACUCCCCAGGCCUGUUGGGGCAAUUUUUAGCCUCUGUCAGAGGAAUACUACACUGGAAUACUUUAUCAGGGCUCGAAAUACUUUUUCUGCAUACCUGCACUGGUGAAACAUUAACAUUGAAAAUUACCUGCACCAGACAAAUUUUACCUGCACCACUCUGAAUUUAGGAAGUAGGGAUCAUACUAAAACUGUUCAGGAACCAUUGCUAUUUUUUUUUCUUUUAUACUUUAUAGAUGGUAACAGUCAAUGUAAAUAAUAACAAUCCAUGUACAGCUACAUUAUAGGACAUUUAGGUAUAAAACCCAGUACAUAGACCAGUGCAGGUAGACAUCACAAAUACCUGCACAGCUCCAAUUUUACCUGCACUAACAGGUCUGCAUAUGCAGGUGGUAUUUCGAGCCCUUCACUUGGAUACUUUAUUCAGCCCAUUAGCUAUCCUACAGAAUGAAUAACCAACUCAAGCAACUUUUUUUUUUAACUUGCAACAAGUUGUGGAUUGGGGAAGAUUCAGACAAGUCAUCCUCCUAUGCAGGGACAUCCAACAGCAAAACCGCCUGCCUGGAUGUACCCUGCUUUCUCAACCGCCACUCUUAGUUCCUGUGGACGUCCCCUCCAAACCAGCUGUCAGCCAAUCAGAGAAUAGGCCUUUCAGUUUUCAAAAGGUAUCUGACAUAUAUAAGGGUAAGCUCAUUUAUUAAUAUUUAUAAGCAGGGCGGACAGGAACUGAUGGUGACAGUUGAGAUAACAGAGUACAGACAAGAGGCGGUUUGCUGGCACCACUGGACGUCUCUAGAGAGACGCAUAGGAGGUCUCUGCAGAUCUGCAUAGGAGAAUGAAUGGACAGUCCUCGCUGCAGUAGCUACAAGUAACACGGCAACCUCAGUUUUUAAAUUAUGCACAAGUUUUUUAUAUGUACAACAACAGGCCUGGAUGGGUUACAGCUGAGCUGAAUACAAUCAACACCAGCAGAUAUUGUUGCAUCCUCACCUUUAGAUCAGGGAAACUACUGAUACUGCAGAUUUCUGUUGGCUUUAUAAGCUGCUGAUUUGCUGAGCAUAAUCCUCCAGGCUGUGCACAACAUUUCCUUUCACCCGUAUUUUUCACGCUUCCUCAGCACUGCUGUACUGAUCAUCCAUGUCACACAAAUCACCCAGGGAAGGGAAAUAUGCUUCCACGAAUAGCAAUGAUUUUUAGUUGUUGGACCCGGACGGAUGGCCUGUGGUGCGGACUGAGGGGCGCUGUUGUGGCGAGAACACACGACGACUCUACACACGUCAGCAAUAAAACAAUCAGCGGUGCACAUUUGAAGGAAGGACCCCUUUCCACCAGACAUCAAUCGUACAGCGACCAAAGUUGGAUUUUUCAAACCCUUGACUUCAUUAUUUGAAUUGGAUGCAAGGUGUAAAAGUUUUAUCAAAAAGAUAAGAAUAGACACAAAAAUUAGAUCUUUAUCUAUGAAAUUCAUUGAACAACUUGUCAUGGUUGCUUAAGGUGCAUUCUCACUACACUAGCUUGCAUCACGCUUGUGUCACUGCAGUGUUCGAAAGAUACUCAAGGAAUUUCAGAGAUGAACAAAUUUUCUUACUUUCUGUGUACUUUGUCCUCUUCUAAGUCAUGCUUUUACGUAUUACGCAAUAUGUAAAUUAUAAAAAAUCUGAGAAAAUAACAAAACAUUGACGCAUCGAACGAACCCCGCAGUGCUGCAAGCUUGACGCAAGUGCAGUGAGAGUGCACCUUACGCAGAGGUUGCAUGCUCAGUGGAAAGGGGUGUAACCAACCAACCCCAGGGCUGCUCUCGCUUCCUGUGCCGUUUCAGCACGCCCACGACAGAACACGAGCAAGCACCGGGCCGUUUGCAUGGGGAGGACCCGCUUUUGUAACGAUCCAGAUGUUCUUGUCCAGACGAGGUGUAUGUAAAGAAUGAAAUAUUACCUGUAUGGUAUCUACA